UUGUUUUUCUUGAGAACGUUGGUCACAAAUUUUUUCUCAUUCGUGUGGCAAUUUUUUUUUGUAUGCGUCUUGUGAAGGAAUUUAUUUUAUUCAUUUCAUAAAUCUUUUUGUGCUGAAUAAAAAAGAGAAUACUAAAAUUGCUCUAUAAAGUAACUACUAUUUAAAAUAAAAGUCUGAAUUCACUGUUAUCUGUGUUCAAAAAAAAAAAAACUUUAACUGCAUUUAUACAAAAACAGAGUGCCGUCGAUAAAUCACAGCACCAGAAGCAGCAAUAGCAGAAUCCUCGCCUAAAUAAAAAUAACAAACUAUAGUUUAUCAUCAUCUUUUCAUCAUCAUGGCUAACGGAGGUGUAACGUGUGUCAAGUUCAUUACAUUCUUUUGUAAUUUACUUUUUGCGCUAACAGGAUUGUUAAUCUUUCUUGUUGGACUAAUGGUUCAAUUAAAAUACAACCACUAUUCGAAUUUUGUGGGAAAUAACAUUUGGACUGUACCGAUUAUAUUGAUGAUAGUUGGUUUGGUUGUGGCUGUUAUUUGUUUCCUCGGAUGCUGUGGAGCUGUCAAAGAGAACAGUUGUAUGAUUCUAUCAUUUGCUAUUUUAGCUGUAUUGAUAUUCAUUGCUGAAAUUGGAUUGGGUAUUGCUGGCUAUGUUAAACACUCUGGCUUGCAAAAUGUUAUGGAAGGACAAUUUAAUAUGACAAUGGAACAGUAUAGUGAGCGAAAGGACUAUCGGGAUACUUGGUCACUAGUACAAUCCGAGCUCACAUGUUGCGGUACUUACGGACCAACUGAUUGGGAAAGAAUUUUACAAAAUGUCACUCUACCAAAAUCCUGUUGCACUGUCAUUAUUACCGAAGAAGCAACUGAAUGCACAAACAAACACGCACAUACCGAAGGAUGUUUCAACAAAUUAUUAUCCAUCAUCGAUUCGAAUACAUUAACCUUGGCUGGAGUUGUUUUAGGCGUUGCUGGAAUACAGAUCCUGACGAUAAUGUUUGCAUGUUGCUUAUAUCGCUCAUUCGGAAGGAAUUAUGAAACGGUUUAAAGAAAGAAAGAGAGAGAGAGCGGGAGUUGAUAAAAAAAAAACAAGUAACAACAAUAAGUGCAAAGAGCAAUUGAAGUCAUUUUUAUAUAUUUUAUUUUGUUUAAAAUUUUAAUUUUAUUAUUUUUUUACUUCAAUUAAUUUUUUAUUAUAUUUUAUUUAGAA